AUGCCGUCGACGGUGCUCUCUUCUCGGACAUGCUCUGGCUGGAGCUCCAACAAACGUUCAACAACCGCCUACACGACCCCCAGUGGGCGACCAAGGACCGGGAGGCCAACAACAACAGCGACAAGCAUUAGUAGCCAGGACAUAAUUUGCGCCAUCAGUGAAUCUCGAGGAAUAUGCCCUACGGUUGGGCUCGCCUUUGUCAACAUCGCUACCUCCGAGGCUAUUUUGUGCCAAAUCUGUGACAGCCAAACUUAUGCCCGUACCAUCCAGAAAUUAGCCGUGCUUGAACCUACGGAAAUCCUGUUCAUGAAGACCGCGAAGGAACCGAGGUCAAAGCUCUACUCCAUCGUGGAAGAAAAUUUGCCGCAACUCGCAGUCACAACAAUUGACCGACGGUACUGGGCAGAAAAAUCAGGCCAUGAAUAUGUCGACCAGCUGGCAUUCAAGGAUGAUCUUGAAUCAAUCAAAAUCUCUUUAGAGGGCAACUAUUUUGCUGCUUGCUGUCUUGCGGCUGCUCUCUCAUAUAUUGAAUUUGAAAUGUCAAAAACGUUUGCAACUCAUUCGCUCCGGAUAAAGUACGAACCUUCAGACGGAUCAAUGAUGGUCGAUCUAGCCACGAUCAUAUCCCUAGAGCUAAUACAAAACUUGCAGAAUACCAAGUCAAAGGACUGCCUUUUCGGAGUUUUAAAUGAAACCCUUACUCCAAUGGGCGCUCGAUUACUUCGCAGUAAUAUCUUACAACCUUCGACGGAAAAAUCUAAGUUACUAGGUAGAUAUGAUGCUGUCGAAGAGCUUGGAACAAGUGAAGACAUGUUCCAUGCUGUUAGAGAAGACGUUGCAAGGCAAAGCUACAAAGAAGCAAAUAAUGACGUGAAUGAGCUUGCAUCUCAUCUCGCAGAGGCCCAUAACCUUGCUCUUGAUUUACGAUUUGAAGCAGCACGUCAGUACUAUUUUCGACUGCCAGUUUCCGAUUUAGAAGACAGGCAGCUACCAGACAUCUUCAUCAACAUCUUUCAGAAAAAAGCCUACGUAGAGUUUCAAACUCUUGAACUCGUGAAACUAAACCAAAAAAUCACGGACUCUCACAACGAGGUUAUCAACAUGAGUGACCGAAGCAUACAAGAGCUCAUCGAGGUUAUUAGACCUGAAAUAUCCGUCUUAUUUCGCAUCAGCGAAGGACUUGCCAUGCUAGAUAUGCUAGCCACAUUUGCCCAGCUUGUAGCAGUUCGCGAUUAUAUCCGUCCUGAAAUAACAGACACUCUUGCUAUCAAAUCGGGCAGGCAUCCAAUUCGGGAAAAGAUACAUCACAGCAAAUUUGUCCCAAACGACGCGUACGCCACCCGGCAAUCCCGAUUUCAGAUCAUUACUGGAUGCAACAUGAGCGGUAAAAGCACAUAUAUACGCUCCCUGGCCCUCAUGACUGUGAUGGCCCAGAUUGGAUGUUUCGUGCCCGCGCAGUACGCCUCUUUCCCAAUCGUUAAUCAGCUUUUUGCCCGCGUUUCGGCCGAUGAUAGUGCCGAAGCUAAUGUAUCCACUUUUUCUGCUGAAAUGCGUGAAAUGGCAUUUAUACUCCGCAAUAUCGGGCCUCGAAGUAUGGUUAUUGUCGACGAACUUGGUCGUGGAACUAGUACAGUUGACGGCCUUUCCAUCGCUAUCGCUAUUUCAGAAGCGCUUGUAGAUAGCCAUGCUCUCGUCUGGUUUGCCACCCACUUUCAUGAAUUGGCUCGGAUUCUUGCUCACAGAAACGGGGUGGUAAAUCUACACUUGGCGGUGGAGAUGUCGAACCCGACCUCAACAAUGACGAUGUUAUACAAAAUUGCAGACGGAUAUGCUCAGGAUAAACAUUACGGUCUUGCAUUUGCAAGGUUCCUCUCCUUCCCUCCUGAGCUUUUAGAGACCGCUCAAACUGUGUCGCAGAAAUUAAAUUUGAAAUCCGCUGACCAACGCAGGAGCCUGAAGCAAAUCGCCAUCGCCAAACGGAGACAACUUCUUCUCGCGUUACGCGAACAGCUCUUCCAAGCCAGGGACGGGAUGAUGAAGGGGGACGAAUUGAGAACAUGGCUAAAGAAAUUGCAAGAUGAGUUUACUAUGCGAAUGGCAGAUCUUGAAACAGAGAUGGUCAUGGCCACGGAUGGAGAAAAUACUAGAAGAGGGCGUGCAACAGACUGA